AGUAAGGAGAUCUCUAUACCAUGGCUCGUACAAAGCAGACUGCCGGCAAAUUGACUGGUGGUAAAGCACUGAGGAAGCAACUCGCUACAAAAGCUGCUCGCAAGAGUGCACCCUCUACUGGAGGGGUGAAGAAACCUCAUCAUUACAGGCCUGGUACUGUGGCACUCCGUGAAAUUAGACGUUAUCAGAAGUCCACUGAACUUCUGAUUCGCGAACUUCCCUUCCAGCGUCUGGUGCGGGAAAUUGCUCAGGACUUCAAAACAGAUCUGUGCUUCCAGAGUGCAGCUAUUGGUGCUUUGCAGGAGGCAAGUGAGGCCUAUCUGGUUGGCCUUUUUGAAGACACCAACCUGUGUGCUAUCCAUGCCAAACGUGUAACAAUUAUGCCAAAAGACAUCCAGCUAGCAUGCCGCAUACGUGGAGAACGUGCUUAAGAAUCCAUGAUGGGA